AUGAGUAUGCUACAAGGUCCGCCUGGAACCGGAAAGACAACUACCGUGGCUUCAGCCACCCUUGGUUUCGCAUUGUUGAGAAUCAAAACUCUCCUAACUGCAACUUCUAGUACUGCCGCACAAGAGUGUAUGAGAAAGUUGGUGGGUCACCUCAAGACUCUGUACGAAGUUUGCCCAGAAUCGGAAGAGUGGUUUAAGGUAAUUUAUCUACCAACUGAAUCUGCAACUCAUCGUGAUGUUUCGGAACAGGACGACCUUGAUGCCGAGACCGUUUCAGACAUGGUAGCUGAUGGAGAACAACCAACUGAAGACGAAGGAUUCGAAAAGUACAAGCUCUGGAAUCAUAUUAUUCAGGCCUACAAGAAUGAUGCUUCAGAUAAGACGAUACAUCCAGCAGACGAGCGCAGAAAGAAUGCACGAACUUGGUUAUCAACUCGUGGGGAAAUCAAACUUGGUGUAUCCAUUAGAUCAAAGCAGCGAGAGACUUUCGUCGAUCUCACAAAGGCCAUGACCAAGAAGAUCUUUGGAGAUCAUUCAAUUCGCAUUGUAGUUUGUACAUCUAGUACUUCUGCCCUCUUGGAAGAAUACAACUGGACCCCAUGGGCAGUAUUGAUUGAUGAAGCUUCUGCUGGAAGCGAACCAGACUGUUAUGUUCCCCUAGCCUUCAAGCCCAGGCGCAUUGUGUUGGCUGGAGAUCUUGAGAAAGUAAAGCUUUUUACAAGAUCAGCCGGUCACAAUGAGUUCGCAGACCAACUCGGAUUAUCGCUCUACGAACGCUUGUAUGGAAAGCCAACCAUGCCACUCUAUCGACUCAAGAUCAACUAUCGCAUGCACCCUGAUAUUGCCGAGCUUCCUGCCAAUCUGACUUACGAAUGGUUGGAGAGUGACGAUUCUACAUUAGUACCGUCUGAUGAGUUCAAGUUUUUUGAAGAUUGGUGGUACUCAGAGCCAGCCAAGAUUUAUAGAGACAAUCGUCGAAAGCCAGCAUUUGGUCUCAAGAUUGAUGAAUCUAGAAUUCGUCGCAUGUUCAUCAAUGUCAAAAAUGGGGAGUCUGCACCGAAACCUGGGUCUCAAUCUCAAUUGAAUCACGCCAACAUCAAUGCAAUUGCUGAUAUGGUCAUGAGUAUCAUGAAGCAUCAACCAACUCGUGGAUUGGCACCAUUACCAUUCGACAAGAUUAGUAUCUUCACCCCGUAUAAAGCGGAGAAUAUGGAAUUGGUGAACCAAGUCAAGAUGAGAAUUCGCCAUGUAUGGGGUGAUGCCGUUGGACGAUUUCCAUUAUUUACUACCAUUGAUAGUACUCAAAGUGGUCAAAAUGAGAUUGUUUUACUUUCUUUGACUCCAGCAAACAAGACCAAUGGUUCAAAGAUUGGUUUCUUGAAAGAAUGGAAUCGAAUGAAUGUAGCACUCACUCGUGCUCAAUCGACUUUGUUUAUGUUUGGAAAUCUCGAUCUUUGGCGCAGUCAACUCUCAGUCCUCGUUAAAGGUAUGAGAUGCAAGAAGCUUGGUCUCUUCAUCAUGGAUCUUCUCGAUUAUGGUGACAUUAUCGACAUUGAUGGUGAUAAUACUUUACCUGCCAGUCUGGAAGAGUUACAUGAUCACAAGACUUGGUCCAACACCAUUAUUUCCGUGCCUGUUUCAAAGAAUGAUAAGGAAAAGCUGGCCGAAUUGGAGAAAUCGCUCUGGACUGAAAAUCGAAAGAUUAGAGAGCACGGCAAGGCACAACGAGAGAGGUUCAGACUUGGCCAGGUCAUCGAAGCCCCUCUCAGAGUUGAACGAGACGGUGGAACAGAUGGUAACAGAGAAGAUGUUGAUUCCGAUGAUGAUGAUGAGGCACCUGAGGUCAAGGAUAAGGAUAGUGAUUUGGACAUGGACGCCAAUCGAAUGCUGACCGAAGUAGAAUUGGCUGAGAUGGAGGAGGGAGUGACCGAAAGCGUGUAUUGGCUUUAG